AUGGCUCCUACAAGUCCUGUCAAGCGCGUUACUCGUGCGCGCGCGGCAGCGAAGUCCAGCACUACCGAGCCGGCCUCGAAGAAAGUCGGCACCACCAAGGUCACCAAGGCCUCUGCGACCGAAGCGACAGCGAGCAGCACGCGUAAAGCCAAAGCCGCGCAAGAGAGUGAAGAUGAGCUAGCAGCUCCUGUGGAAGCACCGACAAAGAAGACCACGAGAACAACCAAAGCCACACCCAUCACUACUGCUGCGCCAAGACGACGAAUCAAGGUGACACCGCUCGAUGCUCCGGCUGAGCCAGUGUCUGUACCAGAGCCUGAGCCAGAGAAGCCCAAGAAGAAGUCAACGACGCGAUCCAAGAAGGCCGAAGAGGACGUCAUUCCAACAGUCGAGGCUACUGCGCCUGCAAAGCCACGCGCGCGAUCUACCAAAACCACCACAGCAACCACCAAGAAGACAGAGCCAGCAGGGGCACUUGCCACUAAGACGCGUGGUAGGCCCAAGAAAGAUGUCGCCACGGAAGAGAACACACCAGCAGCAACAGAGCUACCUCGUGCGACCCGCCAAACCAGAGCUCGAUCUGCUUCAGUCGCGUCUCAACAGCAGCACAGCGACAUGAUCGAAGUAUCUGCAGUAUCCAGGGCAGGCGGUCGUAAGAAGGUCACCUUCCAGGAUUUACCAGAAGACGACAAGGAGAAUGAAAUCGUGCCAGCGAAGAAGUCGACCACGAAGAAGAGCACACCCGCCACAGGCAUGCGCGCAAAGCCUGUCCGCAAACCGACAACCGCCACCACGAAGAAGACAACGGCGACUAGAAGUCGUGCUGCAAAGCCCUCAGAGCGCGUAUUGACACCAAAGAAGGUCACUCAGAUCCCUGUGCCCUCUCUGGAGGAGUCGGAGGAUGAACUCAACGGUCAGAAGAGCCCUGUCCGUGACCUCACUCUCUCACCCAAGCGGAAUCCUAAUGUCGCAAGCCUGCUAUCUCCUGCGAAGAAGCUGGACUUCAGUCAGUCUUUGUUGACAAACUCGCCACUGAAGAUUGCCAAAGGUGCCAGCCUAUUGAGUCCUGCUCGGCGGCCGACAUCUCCUGCCAAAGCCGAUACCGAGGAUGCUGCUUUCUUCAACUCAGCCGUAAACAGCCCAGCGCGGCUACUGCAGUCACCCAAGCGCGGCAUCCUUGACUCGUCCAUCUUCCCGGCAUCUGCCAUCAAGGCCCAGCGAUCACCACUGAAGGAGUCGUUGCUUCAGUCACCAGCUCGCCGUCUAUUCUCUCCAGCAAAGUCGAAGACGCCUUUGAGCGUCCACCGAGAUGUUCAGAACGACGACACUUUGGAAGUCGAAGAGGUUGCUGUGUCAUCCCGGUUCCGUGCGUCUAUGUCUCCUCAGCGUCAACGUGUCUAUAAGAUGAGUAACGAGGAGCUCGCCGAUGAACUCGCCAUGAGCAACGAGUUCGAUCAAUCAAUUCUUAAGUUGACCAGUCCAAGGAAAAGCCCGGUCAAGGCAGCAAAGCCCCUCGCAGCUGUUCUUGACGAAGAACCGCCAAUGCAGAUCAUUCAGAACGAUGCUGAAGAGACUGCCAAGGCUGUCGAAGAGCUUGCAGCUCCUGAAGAGAUGACUGUAGAAGUCAGCGAAGACGUCGAGGAGACCGUUGAGCCAGCUCACAUGAGUCUUACUGCGACUGACGAGUCCGGGGAGGAAGACGGGACUACUGAGCAGCGUCCACGCAUGCAAGCCCCACGUCUUUCGCAGAUACUCUUCCGUACUGCUCGUCUGAGCGACGACGAUGAGUCUUCAGAGGAUGAACUGGCUGCUGAUCAGACUCCUGAUCGUGCUCCAAGACUGUUUCGGUCAAGUCUCACUGGCGCCACCAACACAACAUCACGCCUCUCACAAGUUCAGAACAACGACUAUACGCCCUUGGCUGCUCAGAUGAGCGGAUGGCUUGCUGCAAGUCCACACAAGACUCCAGCAAAGUCAGCAAAGAAGCAAGCAAACGAGACUGGUUUGUUCUCACCUCUUGCUUCUGAGCAUGUUGCAGGGGAGAUUCAGAUCAGUCGCAAUAACACUCCUCAGCAGCAUCGGCCAUCACCCGCCUUCAAGUCAUCCAUCAAUUCUCGUCCGAGCUUGAGCGGAAACCUGGAGAGUCCAGAGAGAUCAACAUUCUUCUCCGAGCAAAUGGCUUCCGUCAAUGAAGGAGCAGCCGAAGAGCACGUUGACGAGAUGGAUAUCUUCGUUGACGAGCAACAAAUGCCUGUGACCGAACGCGAAGUUGUUGCAGAGAAUGAAGUCCUUCGCGCGGAACUCGACAAUGAAGCUGAUUUGGUCAUGACCUCAGCUGAUGAAGAAGAAGAGGACACCGUGAUUAUCAGAGCCCCGGAAGAGCUGACCACUGAUUUGGUGAAUACUGUCAAUGGUUCCGACACCGCUAUGCUUGACUUUCAGGAGCUGGCACAUGAGGCUGACGUUGAUGCUGAGCAGGACAAUGCUCUAGCAAGCUCGGGCUCGGUCUAUGGCGAUGAGAACGCGCCGCCGAAGGAGACUUUGGACUUCGGCCUUCUGGAGCAGGCCACGAAUGCCCGAGAUGAGACUAUGAACCUCGACGUGGUAGAGCAGGAAGUUGCGACCAGUGUCGAUCAGACACUGAACUUCGAAGUCCUGGAACAACAAGUCGAUUGCGAAAGUAUGGCUAAGCCUACGUCGACGCUGUCUGAUACUGUGAUGGAUGAGCAUACACUCAACUUCCAGGUCUUGGAACAGAACGCCUUGACACAAACCCCGCGAGCAGUACAAGCAGCGCCCAGAUUCACCGCGGCCGAUGAGCCAACUUGGCACUUCGACAUGCUUGAGCAGACCCACACUCAGGCUUCUGCCGUCACCAGCCAGAUGCUUGCUGACGAGCAGACGCUCGAUUUGGACGUCCUGGAGCAACAAGCACUCCAACAAACGCCCACGAUCCUACCUCACAACGCUGCACUGUCUCCAGAAUGCUCUCCAGAACCGACCGCUUCUCCUUCCAGGUUUCUUCAGACCGAAGCUGACACGGUCACACCUCGCCCUGCCGUCGUUGGGCCACGUGUAGUCAACACAGUCGUCUCCAAAGUUCCGCUUAAGCCAGAAGCAGGAAUCUCGCCUAUCAAGAUCGUCAAGAAGCGUAGCCGGUCCAUGUCUAUGAGUCGACAACAGUCGCCGCCCAAGAGACCGCAGCUUACGCCGCUGGGCAAAUUGGCUGCACGCAGUACUUCCGACCCAGUGCUAUCUCCCACUCGCUCUCUCGCUGCUCCAUCUCCAGCACCCUCCACCCCAGGACAGAUGAGCUUUGCUGUGGACGACUUUGGUGACAGUACGCUGGAUGGCAUUGAGAUGCCUGAUGAGGACAUGACUAUCGACUUCUCAAUUCAGCCAAUGGGACCACCAGCCAGCACGAAGUCUGCGAAGAACAUCAGAUCGGCUGCACCAACACCUGUCCGAGCUCCUCUGCAGACAGUCAACAAGGGAGUGUUGCACGGAGCUGUCGUUCACGUUGAGGUGUUCACGAGCGAAGGUGUAGAUACCAGUCACGUGUAUGUCGAGCUGCUGACCAGUCUUGGUGCUCGUUGCGUCAAGGACUGGAGAUGGAAUCCUCGUGCUAGCGUUCACGGUGGUGAUGAUCUGUCGGCUGCUGGUAAGCCAGGCAUCACUCAUGUGGUGUACAAGGAUGGUGGUAAGCGAACACUUGAGAAGGUUCGGGAGGCGAAGGGAGAAGUCCUGUGCGUUGGUUGUGCUUGGGUGCUUGACUGCGAGCGGAACCAGGAAUGGGUGGACGAAUCGAACUAUAUUGUCAGCACCGACAUCUUUCCUCGUGGUGGCUCACGUCGGAGAAAGUCUAUGCAGCCGCAGGCACUCGUCAACGACAACGGCAACAUCUCAACUGCACGGUCCAACACCGGCCGUCGAUCAGUGUCCGCCGAAUUCAUGACCAACCAGAUGCGCGAUGAACUCGUCAACACUCCUGCCCGUAUCUACCAGCCGCCGUCCACCGACAUGCAUAACGACAGCCUCUUCGGCGACAGCGAUAUCUCCUCAACAUACAACUCACCCACCACGACGAUGAAUGUUCAUCAUGUCGCAACACCGACGGAGCUGAUCGGCUGGGAUCCAGCAACGAGCAAGACGCCUGCCAAGGCCGCCGGCGAUGAUGGCAUGGACACGCCGUAUCUGAUGAAGCAGGGUGGGAUGGUGAUGAAUGACAUGGCCAGAGAUGGAGGUGUGAUGAGCGCGCCACCCAAGCAGAUCGGUAAAGGCCUGUUCGAUCGCGAUUCAGGAAAGGAUGCUGGUGAAGAUAAGAAGAUGAAGCUGAAGCUGCAGGAAGCAAGGCGGCGGACUCUGGGGUUCAAACCUGUCAUCGGCAGUCCUCUUGGGAAGUUCUAA